UGAAGGAUACACAUGUCUUCAUUGUUUACGAGAAUACAUAAGUAUUCACUCCGUGAGAUUACAACAUAUAGAACACUAACCUACGAAGAAUCAGAAUCGUCAGGUCAUCUCGAGUCCCUCUACAAGUUCUUAUAUUAAACGACACACGAGACCUUGAAAAUCCAUCCAUACUUGUAAUCAUGGCUCACGACCAGGCCCAAUCCAUCCUCUUUCGACUGCCCCUAGAAGUUCGUGACAUGAUCUACGGACAAUGUCACGAGGCCUACGAGGCAACGGCAAGGCCUGGUUAUUCCGUCAACCUCAUACAACGCUGCUUCUCCAACGCCCCUGGCCUUUUGCUGGCCUGCAAGAAAACUAGAGAAGAAGCACUACUGCGGAUGAAGCAUUCCAUCAACAAUGUCACCAUUGAGAUCGACAGGGUGCUGAUCCCGGAGUGUUUGACGUUGGUCGUCGAAGAGACCAUCGGCGGAGGCCCAGGCAUAAAAGUUGAUCUCGAAUGGUCAGACUUUGAGCGAGACGGCUGUCCGGCGCUGCUCAACCUGAUGGAGCACAUCUUCGAGGAGGCCCCGAGAGUAUCUAUUCUGCAAAUCGAAACGCUCGACUACCCCAAAACGAGGGCCUACGUACGACAGGCGCUGGAGAAUGCGGCGGCUUUGGCACCGGUUUUGGACAAGGCGAAGGUUCUGAAGCAUUUGCUAUAGCCAUAUGGGCCAUGUGGCUCUAAUAGAGCCUAUGAUACCGAAAACACCUGCAACAAACCCUCGUUGGCACAAAGCCAUGCAGCUAUCGCCAUAUUUGUCGUUAGUGGGUGGUUUUAAAGCUAUGUAAUCAAGUAAUUAAAAGUAUACUACAUGUAGGUCUAGUAGAUAUGUAGGUAAU